AUGGAGACUAAGGUGAACGUUUUGCAAAUAGAGAGAAUUCGAAGAAUUUACGGUUAUGUGAAUGGUUUUGAUGUGCAAGCUGAUGGUUCGAGAGGAGGGUUGUCAUUAGCAUGGAAACAUGAUAUUCAGUUUGAGAAGAGAGGAGGGGUCCCAAGAGAGGAAAGAAGAAUGGAGGAUUUUCGUAAUGCUCUUGAUGAGUGUCAUUUAAUAGAUGUAGGGUUUUUAGGUUCAUGGUUCACAUGGGAAAGGGGUAAUUUAGUUGCAACAAAUAUACGGGAAAGGCUUGAUCGAGGGGUAGUGACUGAAGCAUGGUUUUCGGCUUUUCUACAUGCCCAAAUUCAGCAUCUGUCUUAUUCACACUCUGAUCAUUGCCCCAUUCUUUUGAGUACUGAGAUGGCGAAUAAAAAUAUUCGAAAGGCUCUAUUUCAUUUUGAAGUAUGGUGGUUGCUUGAGAGUUCAUUUAAGAAGAUGGUAAAGGAUGCCUGGGAUAGCACACAAAGGCCAUUACUAGCUAAGCUGAAAGAGCUAAAGCAGGAAAUUAGUCAAUGGGCACAACAUGUAAAACAAGGGAGACAGAGGGUCAAACAACAAUUACAUAGGCAGUUGGACAGAUUAUUGGAUAAGGAUAGGACCGAUGAUAAUCUGGCUGAAAUUAUUAAUAGAAAAAUACAUCUUAACCAGGAAAUUGACAAGGACGAAAUCUAUUGGGAACAGAGAGCUCGUGCAAACUGGCUAAAAGUGAGAGAUAAAAAUGCCGCUUUCUUUCACAGCUGGGCCACUCAACGACAUAAGGGGAAUGUUAUUAACAGCUUGUAG